UCAAACAAGUAUGAUCAAUAUUAACUUAACCAGCUUUAUUUAAACAGGAAUACAGAAAUCAAGUGUAUGGAAUGGGAAUCAGGAAAUAGAAUUAAGAAACGCAUCUCUUGUGUUAAUGUGUAUUUCUCUCAUGGUUAUUUCAAAACAGCCAGGAACCUCUUUCAAAAUACACGAAGGUCACAUUUAAUAAUCAUCAUAAUCAUAAUGGCAGUGUUUACCUGUUUACACAAUUAAAUGACACGGAUACCGAGGAACGUGAACGGAAUAUACCUAGAGAGAUCCAAACCUCUGACACAGCUGGAUGAAAAUACGUAGAGGGCUAUAUGAGAGAUAAAGAGAAGCUAUCAAGCCAUAGUAGGCGCAAACCAGACCAGAGAGAUGACUAUUCAUAUAGAUCUUGAUGCAGAUAGGAGGGAGACGGUAUUGAGGCGUAUGUGUAAACUUUCAGUAGUGGUCUUAUUUGUCGGGCUUGCUUCGUUAUUAGUCGGUAUAAUUGCCGUCGUAUACUCGGGCAGUAAAUUUCCGUACAAUGCAGGAGGUGGUAUAAUUGCCGGUAUCGUGGCCUGUCUGCUCUCAAUUUGUCCUAUGUGUAUGUUACUCCAAUCUUGGCGAUAUAAGAAGUAUAGGAAAAGCUCAUAUGACUGUUGUAUUAUGUCUUUGUGCUUUUGGGGACUGUUUGCCAUGCUGGGUAUAAUAUUUGGACUUGCUGUAAAUGGAAUAGGAGCAUUGCUAGGAUGUCAUCAUCGUUCAAAGGAAACAGGAUGUUGGAAGAAUAAAGAGUCACAGUUUGCACUCGCUAUCUUGACGGUGAUUUUAACAAGCAUCUUAUUGAUUGUAAUAACAGCUAUAUUUGUUAUAUGUUGUUGCAACUGUCGGGUUUUGUCAGAUUUGUCAUAUUUGUCAUCAACGGAUUAUGCUGUCGGCAACGAUCCUGUUGCUGAUAUCAGAGAACGACGCAUACACCAGCUAUCCAACAUUGAUCAAACUCCAGGGUUUACUGUAAUACCCAGUUUACAUUUUACUGAAAAUAACAGUCACGGUACAGCUCAACAUAGAGCCGAGCCUACCGCACCCCCAUUCGCUUUGGAUUCCACAGACACCAGAUAUAGAUCAGGCGAAUAUGCAGACGAGACAAUUAACUCGGACGUUCACAACUCGGUUGUUCGAGGUUCUGGGUACACACAUAGAUAUGAAGAUCCGCCUCCCUCAUACGAGGAAGUCAUGGAACGUGACCCCAUGGAAACGCCCCUUUAAUUGCAGGAAUGAAAUAGUGACAAUAAAAACAGUCAUUCAUUUUAGUCCCAUAAACAGGAAUUUCUGUACCUUCAUAUGUAAUGGACCGAAAACGAUACACAUGCUGGUGCGAAUAUGACAAACUUGCUGAAACAAAGCUAGCCCGGAUUGAUAUAAAAAAAACACUUCUGUUUGCAUUGUCGUCAGAAAGGCAUAUCCGAGGUUUCAGCGGUUAGUUUCGAACUAGAUAUGGUCCAAUUAUUAAGUAAGAGGAAAUGCAUUUCUGAACUUUGGAAAGUACGUGAAAGUGGAAAAACAAAAUUUCGGUUGUUUUAAGUAAAAAUGUAACAUCGACCUUGAAAUUAUUGCAUAAAGUGACUUGCAGAUGCGAAUACAUGCCUUCAAGCAGCGGGCUGGGCGAGAACAUGCUAGUUUCUCAGGGUCUUUAGGAGAACUGCGAAGUUGGAUGCUCAGGACCAUCUAAGCAAUAACGACGAAGCGAACUACUUACACAUUUUAAAAUCAUUUCCAGUAAUACUUCAUAGACCUGAUCACUACGAAGCGUAGAUACGCAUGACAAACAUUUAUUCGGUAAUUGACAAAGAUGAGAUGCUCCGAGACGUUUUUUUCCCUCAAGUUUGUUGUGCGAACUACUUCCACAUUUUAAAGGGACUCUAAAUAAAACUUCGUACAUUAUAUUUGGAGUUAAACAUGACAUAUUUUCUGGUGUGGACAAAAAUAGGCGCUCCUAAACUUGCUCCCCAGCAUAACACUCCGCCCUCAGAACAAUUUCAGUUUCCUCUUGCACGACACACGAUAUUCAUGAAAUGAAGACGUGUGUGACACCGAUACACCUAUUCCCUGCUCAAGUUUGUGGUUUCACUUUUGUAUUUAUGGAAAAAUGGGAGAGGGGAGGGGUAAGGUAUCUUACCAAAAAAAAGUGCCUCCUUUCCUAUUACAAAGCGGUGUUCGAAGAUGUUUAUUACAUUCAGCUUCUAUUUAAGCAGUUUAAAUUGUAUGAACAGUUGCAGUAUUUCGGUCUUUUACAAUUUACACUAUUAAAUAUAUACGUUUUGUUUUUUGUAGCUGGCUUAUUUGUUCUGUAAUUUUGCCAAUUUUGCCUGUUUGCAUGUUUAGAUUGGAAGUUUCAAGCUGUUAAAUAGUUGAGGAACCGAGAUGUUCACCCGGAUGUUGCUUAUGGCACAAAUGGACACCUGGGUAGAACCAUAAGCCCUUCUCAAGUCGGAUGGAUGGCUUACUCGUACAACGAUCCAGACAUGGCUUCAACCCACAAGUGAUUCGAAGUCGUCGGUCUUGAGCACUCUACUAUGCCAUACCUUAAGAGAAGGGACGUGUUUUACAGUAUUGAUAUUCAAUAGUUUGAUGGAAUACUAGCAUGCUUGAAACGGAUAGUUAUCUUAGAUUUUGUAAUAAAAAGAUUUAACAAAAUACAAUAGGGUUAUUAAAACACGCGCUUGAUCUGGGAUGCAGUAUUUGGCUCGAGUGAAUUUUGCCAGAUCGGAUCUCACGAGGCGCGUAAGCGCCGAGUGUGAUCCGACCUUGCAAAAUCCAUGAGAGCCGAAUACAAAGUCCCAGAUCUAGCUACUGUUAUAAGGACCCUUUUAUUAUAUACCUUGACCAUUUUGAUUCUUGUUUUGUUCUUGAACGAAAUCUUCAAUGUUUAUCGAUAUUAAAUGGAACUUAGUGAAGUUUUUAUGUGCGCUACUUAUAAAAAUGUAUCGGGUCAUGCAUAUUAAUGAAAAUAGUCCGGCAGCAUACAAUACGGAAGGUACAAUACGGAAUUUAAAAGGUACAAUACGGAAUUUUUGUCUGUCUGUUCGUAUUUAAUUGUGAAAUACAAGCCGAUUUUUUACAGAAUUUAUAUAGGUAUAUAAUAAAGCUGAUCAUUUCAACUUGAAAAUCGUUCAAGGCAAAGACGUUUCAUGUAAGAGUAAUAGUUAAACUAGACGUGUGUUCAUGGGACACAGGUGCCCCCUCACCUGUGACGGUACCUGGUAUCGGGAGUACGAGUGAAAUAUUUUAAGAUGUUUGAAACACAAACGUUUAAGAACUUAGUGUGUAUUUCCACGGACCAUAACUCUGGCUAAGCUGAUUGAAAUCCCAAGGAAAACACACAGCUUCACAUGCUGUAUAACAAUCAUCUUAUGUUUUUAUGUUUUAUGAUUCUAAGUCAAGUACAUUUUGAGACACAUUGGACACAAACUUUUAUUUUUGACUAAGUCUAGGGCCAUGAUGGUAUUGCAAAAUGAAAUAAAUUCACAUGCUUGAUAAUAUUCCUACAGGGUUUCAUGACUGAAGGUGACAUACUUCUUAACAUAAAUGCAACACAAACUUUUAAGCACUUGUGUGUAAUUUUCACUAAGUCAACGACCAUAACUCCGGUCUAGUUGAGUGGAAUCCCAAACAGAACACGUGCACAACUUCACAUGUUACAUCAUUAUCGCUUAUUGUUUUAUGACUAUUGAGUGAAACACUUUUUGAGAUACUGGCAACACAAACUUGUUUCCCAUUUAUGCAUAUUUUUGACAACCAAGGGCCAUCACUCAGGUCUGACUGACACAAAUCCGGAACAAAAGUCCAGUUGCAUAUCUUCACAAAAAAGUCAUGCUUAAUUAUAUUCAUAUGGUGUUCCGUAACCCUAGGUUAGAUACUUUUUGAGAUAAUAUUCUGCACGACUUUUAUGCCUUUUUAUGAUUAUAUUUGUCUAAGUCAAGGGAAUAACUCUGGUCUGGCUGAGUAAAAUCUCUAACAAAACCACAGCUUCACAACUUCAAAUGCUGAAUAAUAUUCCAAUAAAAAUAUUUUACAAUCCUGGGUUAAAUUCUUUUUGAGAUACAUACCACACAAAUUUAGGCCCGUUUAUUGUAAAUUUUUACUAUGUCUGGUCUAUUUGUGUGAGAUCGAAAUUAAAACCCCUGGUGCACAAUUUCCCAUGCUGAAUAACGAUCCUGUUAGGUUUGAUGACACUGGAUCAAUUUUAGAUAUGAACGACACAAAGUCGGACGGACAGAUGGACGGACAAGGGCAACCCUACGUGACACCCCAAAACAUUUAAUCUUUCAAUAAAUGAUGAAAAUUCUACUUUCCCAGUCGUGUUUAGGUUCAUACUACUGAGGCAAUAAAAAUCGCGAUAUAAAAGGGAAUUUGCGAAACAAAAUGUAAAACAAAAAUAUUCAAUUAAAGGAACGUUUGAUUUCAAUCUGUCUGGCUUUGAGCCCUGCCGCACAAUUGGAAAGAGGUCUUAACAUUUGUCCCCGUCCCCAAAAUUUAGCGUUGACCAUUCAUUCUUCUCAGUCCACUAAGUAACACUUAGUUGCAGUUGGUGUUUGUGUGCGUUCACUUGGAGAUCUUAAACUUUCAUUCUGCUGGAUGCCCAUCUCCGGUCCGUCGUUUGUCAAUGAUUACUUCGAACUAUAGUCCGUGUAACCUGAUUUCAAUCAACCUUUGACUGGAUUGACAAAGAAAUUCAUUGUAAUGAGAUAUCCAAAUUCGCAAUGAAAAAGAAAAGAAAACACAUUAAAAUUGUAUUUUCAGAACAUACGAGACUAAUUUCGAAAUCACUGCACAAAACUUUUCCUUUUGUGACCAUCUGUCCCUGUUUAAUUUCAGCAAAUCGUCCGUUCGAUAACUGUUGAAAAGAUGCAUUAAUUAAAGUUAUUUUGUAAGACAAGUACACGAUUAAGAGGUUAAUUUCGGUUACAAUUCAAUAACUUUUGAAGGAGUUAUGGCUCUUUUACUAUUCAAAGUCAAUGUUCGUUCGAUAAGUUUUGUAAGGCUGAAUGGAGUGAAUUCAUUUAAAGUACAUCAUAGAAUAAGGCCACGUUUAAUAUUUUAGUUACAGUCCACCAAUUUUUGAAGAAUUGUGACCCAUUUCUGACUUGAAAUUUUGCAAAAUGUUGGUUUUCAUUCGAACUUGAAAUGAUUAACGAAAUUAAUCCAUUUUGGCGUAUGAUGUAUAUGAUUAUACAAAAUGCGGCAAAUUUAGAUUUCGGUUAAAAUCGGACUAAUGGCUUCUUUUUGACAUGGGACGUAUGAAUGUGUGAGGGGGCGCAGCUAUAUCUCUCACAGUGUGAAAAUAUAGAUUUCAUAUUUUCACAGUGUGAGUGGUGAGAUAUAAAAAUAUUUACCUGAUAGAAUACAGUAUUUCAUUAGUUAGCAUAAAAUAAAGUAGAACUUUUUGAUGUUUCGACAGGAAAGGCUAACAUGUGAUAAAAAGAAUAUUACAUUUGUGACUUUUCACAUUGAAUUUAUUAACUUGUUGAAUAACUUGAACUGACAAAAUGCUCGGCAGAGCCUCGCAUUUUAUUAUUUUAUUCAACGAGUUUAAUAAAUUCAGUAUGAAAAGACACUCGUGUAAUAUCCUCUAUUUACCAAAUCAUGACACAUGUCGAAAAAAAUGGGUUCCCAGUUUAGGUUGUCUGAAUUUAAUGAAUUCAUUGCUGCACAUGAACUUAUACUGUCUGAAUCGUAAAGGGAGGUAGGCUAAUCAAAAGUAAUGGAUUUAUUAAAACUUCCUAUAUAUGAAACAAUAUUCACAUCUUUGACGAAUACUGUGAAAAACAAUUAUUCUAACACGAUCCAAUUCAUUUUCCUAUUAAACAAAGAAGGCUGGAGACAGUGAUUUAUUAAACAACAAUUCACUGUUCUGACGUCACAACUAUUACGUCAUAGCGUCAAGCGGCGUAACGGCGCGCUGGAAAAGAACCCGACUGAAAACGGGCAAAUAUUUAAUGCAUGCCGACAAGGUGUACUU